CGCAGCAGCCGGGUGCAGUGUGUCGGUGAGCAGGUGGCCAGCUCCGUCUACAUGGACUCCCGCAGUGUGACGCUGAGAUGGACUCUGGCUCCGGGUCGCUACGUCGUGCUGCCAACCACCUUCCUCCCAGGCGCCACCGGACGCUUCCUCCUACGUCUCUUCUCCCAUUCCCAAGUCCAACUCAGGGAACUGAGGGAGGAUUUGCCGUCUCCCUCUAUCUUCCAGUGUUUUCUACCUCAACCCACUGUGGUGACCACAGUCUACCUCCGCAGGGCAUCCGGACUCAGCCCUCCCAAACAGACAGCUUCAGAUGUUUACGCCAUAGUGCGGUGUGAGAACGACACUAUAAGGACGCGGGUUUUCAAGGCAGAAGAAAACCCUGAAUUUAACCUCAGAACCAUCUUCUACAGGAGAUACCCCGACACUCACAUCUCUAUUGAGGUUUGACACAGUAAUAUUCCC